CGAAUCCAGUGUUCUCGCCUUACGUCUUUCACGUUGAGACUGCACUUUUUUCUCCAAAGCGCUUGUGCGGUACUUGCACUCGAUAACCUGAGCCAAGACGUCUUUAGCAUCAACCGUUUCGUCGUAAGCGAAGUACUCCCGAUGAAGGCCGAUAGCUGA